AUGGGUGAAAAAUUAUCACAAACGAAAUCAAAAGACUUAAAAUCAAGCAGCAAGAAGCAAUCAAAUGGAGUUCAUUACAGUAGACCUGAAACCAAAUAUGAACAUAUAUAUCCUCAAAUUCCAGAACAAAAAUCAUUACUUGUCGCCUACAUUUUAUGGCUUUUCGGUGGAAUUUUUGGUCUUCAUCAUAUCUACCUGCAUAGGGAUAGACAUGCUUUUGUAUGGUGGUGUACACUUGGAGGAUAUUUUGGUAUUGGAUGGCUAUUUGAAAUUUUUAAAAUCCCAGAAUAUGUAAGAGAUGCUAAUGAUGAUCCAAAAUUUAUUGCCAAAUUCAUUGUGAAGCUAAGGACACAACAGAAGCCAGAAUUCUCAACAAUUCGUUUCCUCGGGCAAAUUAUGAUGAGUUAUCUCUUUGGACAAGUUGUAAUGAUUGCUGUACCCGAAGAUGAAAUAAUGGGUAUCAGUUGGAGAUUUUUACUGUGGACUGUUCCAUUUUUCUCAGCAGUUGGUGUCUGGAUCGUCGGUAAUAUUGGACGUGAAAAGGGAGUCUUUUGGCACUGCUUACUCGUAGCUUAUCUAAUUUAUCCACUUCGAUAUUUUGUUUAUGAUGAAACAUAUUGGUUCACUGGUUUGGUCUUUGGAAGUGCAUUGGCAUUUGAGCAAUUUUCAAAGCAAUGGCGUCGUGAGCCACCAAAGAGACAUAGUAAAGUAAGGAGAACAAUUGAAUUAUCAACAUGCGUCAUUCUUUAUCUUUCUGUAUGGAGUGCUUACUUUGUAUUUAACGGAAAAAUUACAGACAGUGAAGGUGAUGAAGUCCCUGUUCACGAAGCUAUUAAAAAUUUCCUCAAGUCUCCAUGGUGGACUGACUUAAAGCAAACUUUUGUCGAUACAUGGAGAUUUGCACAACACAAUGGAUGGUAUGAGACGUGGAAGCAAAUCGUUGAUUCUAUAGACAUAGAUGGCGAGCAAAAUGCCUAUAAGGUAUUGAAUGUUAGUCCAACAGCAACACAAAGCGAAAUAACAAGCGCUUGGCGUAAAUUGUCACGUGAAUUCCAUCCGGAUAAGGUGAAAGAUGACAAAUUGCGGCGAGCAGCACAAGAAAAAUUCAUGGACAUUCAACAAGCGUAUGAAGUGAUUUCGAAAAUUAAAUCAAAAAGAAGGUCACGAAAUAAAAAAUUUGAGGAUGAACAUCAGGACGUUAAAAUUGAAUUGUAA